AUGGCCAAUUUUGUCCUCCUAGCUGCAUCGCUCCUUCUCACCUCAUGUUCCGCGCGAGAAUCGAAUGACACAUCGACGGAAAGAUGUCAAGGCCCCAUUGACAGUAUCGCCAAGGGUAACCAGUACUUCAACUCGACCGGAACAGCCCGCCUACCCUCAAACCAACUACACGAUGACGACUGGUACGUCAGCGUCACCAUCACCGAUAGACGCGAUCCGAAUCACAUCUACGGGACCGAAAUGCCCUGGCAAGAGAGGGAAGCGUUUAUAAGUGUUCCUGAUUCGCUGGUUGGGAGUCAAGAUGGCAAUCAGACGGAGUACUGCGUCUACGAGCUCCCGGGGCAAGACGCCUCUUCGCAGCAGGAAGCUGGAGAUUGCAGCGGCGUGCUGAGCGACGACUGCAUUGACGCCUUGAUGAAGAAUACGCCGGUCAUAGCGGAUGGCCAAUGUUAUAAGCCAGAGAAUGUCGAAGACGCCUGUGGGAUGGUUGCAUCGCAGCCAGUUGGCACACCAUCGAACUUCAACAGUACCGAGUGUAGUUUGUCCGAGAUGCCGCAUGUCGAACUACCGGACAAUUAUCGCACCUACUACGCCCACUACGUGCCUGUAUUUGAAGGCGGGGGUGGUUAUGAGAAUUUCGACCUUUACGAUAGGCACGUUCGCGAAGCAGUGCCCAUGGUCUUCACCAUCAAGUCUCCAGGUGGCACCAUCGCCCACAAGGCCGUUUGUGUAGCACCAAACAAUGUCGUUGACGGUAGCCGUGUUCCAGAUUCUGCUGCUGCUCAGUUGUCCUCCGGGGCUUCACUGGUAGCAGCCCUUAUUGUUAUGGCUUUUGUAUCUGUUCUCUCCAUAGCCUGA